AUGUAUCUUUUGAUUAGUUUUACUUUUCUGAUAUUACAGUUUAUAAUACACAGUCAGGGCAAACUCGAUCCAUGUCCUGUCCCAUGGCGUUUACCAUGUCCACUUCCUCCAUGGCCACGCACAUAUAAUAUGCAAUUAUCAACACAAAAUUAUUUUGGUUCCAGUGAAGAUUUUUAUGAUAAUGAAACAGUUUCUUUUGCUGCGUUACAUGGUGUAAUCGGUAUUGAUUGGGCUAAUCAUUAUAGUCUUCCAAUGCAUCGAGAAGAUACGCUAGCACAACAAGCAGCUAUUAUUAAAGCUGUCAAUCCGAAAACUCGUGUAUUCGUUUAUCGUCAAGCUGAACUUGCACUUAAUAUCUUUGAUACUAAUGCAAUUGUAAUGUAUAAUUCAUCAAAAACUAAUUGGUUUGUUUUAUUUCCAAAUGGUACUAUUUAUAAUGAUUCUACUACAGUAUUCCACUAUCGUAUGGAUCAAUUCUGUUGGGAUCAUAGAAAUCCAGAUGUACAAGAUUAUUUUGUCAAUUCUUAUAUAGCUAGUGCUUUUAAUCAAUCAGCUGUAGAUGGUAUUUUCUAUGAUGAUGAUACAGGUAUUUGGGCGGAAAGAUCUAAUUAUCCUAAUUAUACUGAGGAGUAUCGACUAGUUGUCGAUGCUGCUACGCAAGUAUCAUUAAAUCGAGCAUGGGAACUUGGAUUACGAUAUAAUAAACAUGCAUGGCAAGCUUGGUUAAGUCCGAAUGUACCUACUAGUCAAGAUACAACAGCUGUAUGUGUAGAAAAAAUGAAAACUGCAAUAUCGAUGAAAGAUGUACCUGUUACAUUUCCUGCUAUGUAUAAUGGAGCAUGUAGUACUCCAUGGGAACAAUGCAAAGAUCUUAAACAACAAUUAGCUGCAUUUUUAAUUGCACGUGGUGAUUAUUGGUUAUUUUUUACACCAAGUACCUGGUGGAAAGAAGGAUUUGAAACUAAUUAUGGUAUACCAUUAGAAGAUGCUUAUGAACCAUUUCCGAAUUUCUUUGUACGAGAAUGGAGUAAUUGUACUGUUUAUCUCGAUUGUAACAAUUUUAAUUCAGAUAUUAUUUUUCAUUCUCGUGCAAUGUCUGCUCAUCGAAAGAAAUUAUCGCAUCAUAAUUCAAUUCUUAUGAAAUAUUUCGUUCACUUUUAUCAUCUUCUAUGUCGAUUUUGUCGUAUGUUUUACUUUUAA